CAGCAUGGGGGAGGCUAAAUUAUCCUUCGGAUUAAAAACAGAAACAGCAGCAACAGAAGACAACUGCACCCGUCUACCAAGGCUAUUACCUAGUCCUCGAGUUCGUUUAGGAGUACUUUCACCAGUAUCCUCCUUGUUUUCGCUACCAUCAUUUUUAUCCUCAUUUCGACAAGAAGAAUCUCUGGGCAGUUCUUCCCUAGCCCUACGUUUCUUGUUGUGGGGAAGGUCAUCUGGCUCAAACCCUUUGCUCUCUUCCACUCCUCCAUGUUUUCGUGCUCCGUCGUCGUCUUCGUCCUCCUUUCUUUCCUUUCCCUUUCCAUCGCCUUCGUCACUCCCAAAAGAAUUACCCUCACUACUAUCGUUGUCGCAGAGGUCCCAACCGAUUGGCCCUGGUGGAAGUUGGUCGAUCAGUAGCCCAUGACGUUUGAGCACAUCGAGAGUUCGCAUCGACAGAAAACGAGCUAGCUCGAAGGUAAACCGUCUCCGAAUCCUGUUAGUAUGAAAAGCUUUCAGGCGAACUAAGGCCCUCUCGUCGUCAAAAUUUUCCCGGCAAAAAGCUUCGUGCGCCAAGUGGUUGGCGAUAGCAACGAUGAGUCGAUUGGUGCCUUUGCCAAGACCACCAUUCGUUGAAAAAGCAGCAGUAAGGAGGGUAGAUCUAGACGGGUUGAAAGUUCCCGCAUAGUGAUUUGCCUUACUUGCAGCUCGAUCUUCGAGGGCUGAUCCUGGCUUAAGGAUCGACUUGUCGAUGCUUCGACCUGCUGAUGGGUUGACGAUUGUUACGUCGAUCAGAAUGGACUUGGUGCAGAGGUCCUCUUCCUUCUCUCCUGCGUGUAAUCCUGGGGGGAUUACCAAAUCCAUCUUGUGUACAAUUGUAGCCCCUUUUCCCUACCAGUGCCUGUGGUAAAAGGGGAAGAAUCCUCAACGGCGAUGGGCAUAUGGCACUCGCGCAGUGUCUUGAGGACCACUCGAACCAUCCUGUUAUGGAGGAAGGUUGAGGCGCCGGUCUUGGUGCAGACGAGGGAGUGGGCUCGGCUCAAGCGGUCCUUGCAUGGUAACAAUGCACCUGCACCACAAAGUUUGCCUGUGUUGCAGUCUGCUCGAUCGUGACUCCCCAGUACACGACCGAUUGACUCUCGAUAUAGAUCAGGCAGCAUUCUUUCAUCUGCUGACAACCCUUGCGUUGUCAACCACGACAAAACUCCCUUGCCUUUCGCUUCCUCCAAGCGGAUCAACGCCCUCUUCUUUGGCGUUUCCUCGCCUACUACUUUCUGCAAGUCUGUCUCCACCAUGUGGCGCACUGCUGCAUGAAGAGGUUUCGAAAGGAGAGCUUGGGCUCCAAAGACUUGGUAGUGUUGACCAAAUUCAUUUCGGCUGAAGGUAGACGGUGGUUGAUGUUCUACGUCAGGGUUUCCAUCUUCACGGGGUUUUCCCGCCUUCCCUGCUUCCAACAAGUAAACUCCUUUGAGGGCGGGGGUUAACUCAUCACUUGUGGCAAGUUUAGCCCAUGACUGCCCAACAGCUUUUUCAAGCUUGUCUUUGGUGAUGAUUUCCUCUAGCUUCUUCAGCGAGUCAAUCAGAGCCAAUCCUGUCGGUAGCUGGGCAAGCCGGGGUAGACAUUGCUCAACUGUGUAUCCUGUCGAUGCUUGCACUGACUUGGAGAACACCAGCGCUUGCCCUGCCACAAAAGCCGAUUCUCGAAUGAGAACAUUGCUCGUGAUUCCUAGUCCUCCUUCUCGCAUGGGUAGGUGCACCUGCGCUCGAGCUGUCCCUUUGAAGAAAUCUACCUCCUCGCUCUUCGUCGGGUCUGCGCGUACCUCUUUGACCGUUGGUAUUCUCAUGCUGUCGGCCAUCUUGCCAAGGACGAUCUUACUCAUUGCCCACAUCAUCAUGUUGUCAUGUAUUUUUGCGGCAGAGUUGGUGAUAGACGGUGCAAUCGUCCUCAGCAGAUGGAACAAACGUGGCACACCAGAUGAACACAGCAGUUGAUAGCUGACUUGGGGGUCGUCAAUCGUUGCUAGGCGGAGUAUCAAUUCCGCCGGGUCACCACGGGCGAUUUUGGAAACGAAAUUCCUCUGGAACUCUUCUGUUCCUACUGGGAUCCCGACAACUGGGAUGCCACCUUCAGCAACUGACAGACCAAUUUUCGUCAAUUGUUGCUGUUCGUCGUUUGUCAAAGAGGACGUGCAAAGACCUUCGGGGAAAAGCACUUUGGAUUUCGGGAGACUGAGCUCAAUU